AUGUAACCAUAACAGAGAAUGGGUACAGCAGCCAUGCGAGUACCAACUCGAAUGACUACAGCUAUGAGAGUAUAUUUAAUUCUCUAUUUUAUUAGAAUGAUCCUAAUUUCUAAUCAGUAGCAAAUACAACCAAUUUAAAAUUUGUGGAUAGACCUGUUACAUAACAUGGAAUUAUUGGAGUCAAACCUACUACAGCUGGACCUGGUAGAUAAAUAUAAGAUAAAUCAUAUUAUCUAAAUUAAUUGAGAGAAAAGCAAAAGGAAAUAUUUAAUGAGAUUGAAAGAUUCAAAAAAUAAUAAGAUGAAAUUUAAAAAGCCAAUACACUUUAUGUUUAAUUUGAAAGAAGGUAUAAUUUAUAUUAAUAAUAUAGACAUGAAGAAUUAACAAAAGAAGUAAGAGAUUUAGAAGGUUAAUUGGCUGAUUAUAAUCUUGCAUUUGAUAAAUGGAGAGCCAAUACAAGACCAGAAGAUAUCAAAAAUAUUUUUGAAAGAAUUAAAGUAUAAUUAUUUAUUUUAUUAUCUUUUUAGAUUUAAAAUGAAAGAUAAAGAUCUUAAUUAGAUGAUAUUUUUAUUGAAAGAAGAGGUUAAGAAGAUUAAAUUAAUUAAAUUGAAAAUAGAUUAAAUGAAUUAUAAUCAUUGGCUGAUAUGAAAUUACAAGAAUUAGAUCCAGAAUAAAGAAAUGAAUAUAUGAAUUUGAUUAAUGAAAAUAAAUCACUUUAAUAAGAAAUUAAUAAUUAAAAAGCAGAAUUAGAAGAAUUAAAUGCAAGAAUGUAGAAUGCAGAUAAUAGAUUGAGAAUGGAUGCUUAAAAAUUAAAAGGUUAGAUGCUAAAAGAAUAAAUAAAUGAAAUGGAUUCAAAAAAAAAUGAUUUAGAAGUUUAAUUGAAUGAAGCUAAUCUAACAUUCCCAGAAGCCAGAGAUAGAUUAUUAAAUAAAAUUAAAGAUGAUAAUGCUUUUAUUUAGAAUUCAGAGAAAAGAGUUAGAGAAAUUAGAAGAAAUAUAGAAAAUUAUGAAAAAAGAUUAAGAGAAUUACAAACUGAAUUAGAAGAUAAAAAAUCAUAAGAUUAAGAUAAAUAAAAAUAUGAAAUAUUAUAUUAAAGAGAUUAAGAAAUGACUGAUUACAUUAAUAAUUUUGAUAAAACAAGAUAAUAAGAAUUAGAAAAAGUAAAUGCUGUAGAAUAAGCNCUAAUCAGUAGCAAAUACAACCAAUUUAAAAUUUGUGGAUAGACCUGUUACAUAACAUGGAAUUAUUGGAGUCAAACCUACUACAGCUGGACCUGGUAGAUAAAUAUAAGAUAAAUCAUAUUAUCUAAAUUAAUUGAGAGAAAAGCAAAAGGAAAUAUUUAAUGAGAUUGAAAGAUUCAAAAAAUAAUAAGAUGAAAUUUAAAAAGCCAAUACACUUUAUGUUUAAUUUGAAAGAAGGUAUAAUUUAUAUUAAUAAUAUAGACAUGAAGAAUUAACAAAAGAAGUAAGAGAUUUAGAAGGUUAAUUGGCUGAUUAUAAUCUUGCAUUUGAUAAAUGGAGAGCCAAUACAAGACCAGAAGAUAUCAAAAAUAUUUUUGAAAGAAUUAAAGUAUAAUUAUUUAUUUUAUUAUCUUUUUAGAUUUAAAAUGAAAGAUAAAGAUCUUAAUUAGAUGAUAUUUUUAUUGAAAGAAGAGGUUAAGAAGAUUAAAUUAAUUAAAUUGAAAAUAGAUUAAAUGAAUUAUAAUCAUUGGCUGAUAUGAAAUUACAAGAAUUAGAUCCAGAAUAAAGAAAUGAAUAUAUGAAUUUGAUUAAUGAAAAUAAAUCACUUUAAUAAGAAAUUAAUAAUUAAAAAGCAGAAUUAGAAGAAUUAAAUGCAAGAAUGUAGAAUGCAGAUAAUAGAUUGAGAAUGGAUGCUUAAAAAUUAAAAGGUUAGAUGCUAAAAGAAUAAAUAAAUGAAAUGGAUUCAAAAAAAAAUGAUUUAGAAGUUUAAUUGAAUGAAGCUAAUCUAACAUUCCCAGAAGCCAGAGAUAGAUUAUUAAAUAAAAUUAAAGAUGAUAAUGCUUUUAUUUAGAAUUCAGAGAAAAGAGUUAGAGAAAUUAGAAGAAAUAUAGAAAAUUAUGAAAAAAGAUUAAGAGAAUUACAAACUGAAUUAGAAGAUAAAAAAUCAUAAGAUUAAGAUAAAUAAAAAUAUGAAAUAUUAUAUUAAAGAGAUUAAGAAAUGACUGAUUACAUUAAUAAUUUUGAUAAAACAAGAUAAUAAGAAUUAGAAAAAGUAAAUGCUGUAGAAUAAGCUAUUGUUGAAUUAUUAGGAUAAUCUUCAAAAAUUGUAUAAGAUAUUAAAACUAUACCCUCUUUAACAGAUUAUGCUGGUUUAACAGCUGAAGUUGAUUAUAAAGAUAAUUAAGUCAAAGACUCUGAAAUGACACUCAAGAAAUUAUAAGGAGUCUAUGAAUAAACAGUCUAAGAUUUAAAAAAGAUUGAAAGAGCUGAAGAAUAAUUACCAAUUGAAUUACAAUAAUAUAAAUCUAAAUGUAAAUAAAUGUAAGAUGAAAUUGAUUCUAAAUUUAACAAAAUUGAUGAAUAUAAGGUUAAAGCUCAAGAUAAAAAGCUUAAAUUAGAAAAUCAAAAAAAGGAAUUACUUAGACUUAAAGAUGAUUUUACUGCAUAAGUAAAUAUAGAAAUCAUAUUUCUAGAGUCAAAAUAUGAAACAUGAAUUUGAUGUCAAAGAAAAAAAAUACACUAUGCAUGAAUAAUACAAUACUUUAGCUGAUUUAGAAAAGAAAGUGUCUUAAUUAGAAUCAUAAGCUAAUACUUUCUAGAUGUUUAUUGAAACCAAAUCCAAAGAUAUGAAUUUUGAAUAGUUAAAGAAAGAAUGUAUGGAUAUAAUGGAUAAAAUUAAUAAGGUUUUAUGUAAGACUUGAAA